GAAGUUCUCCAGCAGCUGAUCGUAAUGAAUUUGCCCAAUGUCUUGAUGAUUGGCAAAGACCCGCUGUCUGGGAAGAGUAUGGAGGAGAUUAAGAAGGUGCUGCUGUUGGUGCUGGGCUGUGCUGUCCAGUGUGAGAGGAAAGAGGAAUUUAUCGAAAGAAUCAAACAGCUGGACAUUGAGACACAGGCCGGCAUCGUGGCCCACAUACAGGAGGUGACCCACAACCAGGAGAAUGUGUUCGACCUGCAGUGGUUGGAGCUCCCGGACGUGGCCCCGGAGGAGCUGGAGGCCCUGUCGAGGAACAUGGUCUUUCACCUCAGGCGGCUCGUCGACGAGAGGGACGAGUGCACGGAGCUGAUCGUGGACCUCACCCAGGAGCGGGACUACCUCCAGGCCCAGCACCCACCCAGCCCCCUCAAGUCCUCCAGCGCCGAGUCCACCCCGAGCCCCACCAGCAGCCUCUCCAGCGAGGACAAGCAGCACCUGGCCGUGGAGCUGGCGGACGCCAAGGCCAGGCUGCGCCGCGUCAGGCAGGAGCUGGAGGAGAAGACAGAGCAGCUUGUGGACACCAGGCACGAGGUAGAUCAGCUGGUGCUGGAGCUGCAGAAAGUCAAGCAGGAGAAUAUCCAGCUGGCGGCUGACGCCCGGUCUGCUCGGGCCUAUCGCGAUGAGCUCGAUUCCCUGAGGGAGAAGGCGAACCGUGUGGAGAGGCUAGAGAUGGAGCUGGUGCGCUGCCGGGAGAAGCUGCACGACGUGGACUUCUACAAGGCCCGCAUGGAGGAGCUGCGAGAAGAUAACAUCAUUUUAAUUGAAACCAAGGCCAUGCUGGAGGAACAGCUGACUGCCGCUCGAGCCCGGGGCGAUAAAGUGCACGAGCUGGAGAAAGAGAACCUGCAGCUGAAAUCAAAGCUUCACGACCUGGAGUUGGACCGGGACACGGAUAAGAAGCGAAUAGAGGAGCUGCUGGAAGAAAACAUGGUCCUCGAGAUUGCCCAGAAGCAGAGCAUGAACGAAUCCGCCCACCUCGGCUGGGAGCUGGAGCAGCUGUCCAAGAAUGCAGACCUGUCCGACGCCUCCAGGAAGUCGUUUGUGUUUGAGCUGAACGAGUGCUCCUCUAGCCGCAUCCUGAAGCUGGAGAAGGAGAACCAGAGCCUCCAGAGCACCAUCCAGGGGCUGCAGGACGCGUCCCUGGCGCUGGAGGAGAGCAACCUUAAGUGUGGGGAGCUGGAGAAGGAGAAUCACCAGCUCAACAAGAAGAUCGAGAAGUUACAGACCCAGCUGGAGAGGGAGAAGCAGAGCAGCCAGGAUCUGGAGACCCUGAGUGAGGAGCUGAUCAGGGAGAAGGAACAGCUGCAGAGCGACAUGGAAACCUUGAAGGCUGACAAAGCCCGGCAGAUCAGGGACCUUGAACAAGAAAAGGACCAUCUCAACCAGACGGUGUGGACGCUGCGGGAGAGGUCGCAGGCCAGCAGUGAGGCCCGCGCGAAGGACGAGCAGGAGAACAAAGCCCUGCACGGGAUGGUGACAGAGGCCAGCGGCCGGCUGAGCAGGCUGGAGCUGGAGCGGGCGCAGGAGCAGGCCGGGCGGGCGCAGGAGCUGGAGCGGGAGCUGCGGCGGCUGGAGGAGGAGAAGGGGAGGCUGGCUCAGAGGGUGAGCUCCCUGCAGGCGGCGGGCGAGCGGGCGGACGCCAUGGAGCGCGAGAGCCGCGGGCUGGCGCUGGAGAACCGGCAGCUGCGCAAGUCCCUAGACGCCCUGCAGAACGUGCAGGUGCAGCUGGCCGGCCUGGAGCUGGACAACAGGCAGCUGGACGAGGAGAACCUGGAGCUGCGCAGGAUGGUGGAGGCCAUGCGCUUCACGGGCACCAAGGUGGCCCAGAUGGAGCGGGAGAAGCAGGAGCUGGAGCGGGAGAAGCAGGAGCUGAGGAAGAGCGUGGAGCUGCUCAAGGCGCUGGGCAAGAAGUCAGAGCGCCUGGAGCUCAGCUACCAGAGCCUGAGCGCCGAGAACCUGCGGCUGCAGCAGAGCCUGGACAGCGGCGGCCAGAAGGCGCAGGCCCUAGAGCGGGAGCUGGGGCAGCUGGAGGCCGAGAACCAGGCCCUGCAGCGCGACCUGGAGGCCCUCCGGCUCGCCAACAGGCAGCUCGAGCGGGCCGGCCAGGACCGGAAGGCGCUGGAGCAGGAGGUGGCCCAGCUGGAGAAAGACAAGAAGCUGCUGGAGAAGGAGGCCCGGCGUCUGUGGCAGCAGGUGGAGCUCAAGGACGCCGUCCUGGACGACAGCUCCGCCAAGCUGUCCGCAGCCGAGAGGGAGAGCCGCGCGCUGGACAGGGAGCUGGCCCGCUGCCGGGACGCAGCUGGCAGGCUGAAGGAGCUGGAGAAGGGCAACAGGGACCUCACCAAGCAGGUCACCAUGCACACGAGGACGCUGACCACCCUGAGGGAGGACCUGGUGCAGGAGAAGCUGAAGAGCCAGCAGCUGAGCAGCGAGCUGGACAAACUGAGCCAGGAACUGGAGAAGCUCGGCCUCCACAAGGAGCUGCUGCUGCGGGAUGACAGCAGCAACGGUGACACGAAAUACAAGAUUUUGGAGAGCAUAAAUGAAUCAGCAUUCAAAACAACACUAGCCAGGAAAGAAGAAAAGAUUGUGUUCUUAGAAGCACAGAUGGAAGAGAAAGCCAGCCUGAAUCACCACCUACAGAACGAGCUCCAGGUGUUGAAGAAGGAGUGUGAGAUCCUCAGGAAGAACCAGGAAGAGGGGAAGCAGGUGCAGAACUCUUUCAAACACCCUGUGGGGCCAUUGGUCGAGGGUCACCCGGGGAAGGAGCACUGGGGGCCCAGCCCCAAGGAGGCCACGAUGGAGCUGCUCCGCGUGAAGGACCGGGCCAUCGAGCUGGAGCGCAACAACGCGGCUCUGCAGGCUGAGAAGCAGCUGCUCAAGGAACAGCUGCAGCACUUGGAGACCCAGAACACGGCCUUCAGCAGUCAGAUCCUGACGCUGCAGAAGCAGAGUGCCUUCCUGCAGGAGCACAACAGCACGCUACAGACGCAGACGGCUAAGCUGCAGGUGGAGAAUUCCACUCUGGGCUCCCAGAGCGCCUCACUCACCGCGCAGUACGCGCUGCUCCAGAGCCAGCAGACAGCCAAGGAGAGCGAGCUGGAGAACGUGCAGAGGCAGCAGGAACAGCUGGCGGCCGCCUACCAGGCGCUGCUGCAGGAUCACGAGCGCCUGGGUGCCCUCCACGAGCGGCAGUCCGCGGAGUACGAGGCCCUCAUCCGCCAGCACGGCUGCCUGAAGACGCUGCAUCGCAACCUGGAGCUGGAGCACAGGGAGCUCGGGGAGAGGCACGGUGACAUGCUGAAGCGCACGGCGGAGCUGGAUGAGCUGGAGAAGGUUUUGAAUGCCGAGAGGGAGGCUUUGCAGCAGGAGCAGAGGACGAGCGCCGUGGCCGCGAGCGAGAACCAGAGGCUGCAGGAGGAGCUGGACAGGGUCAAUUUCCUGCACCAUCAGCUGAAGGGGGAGUACGAGGAGCUGCACACCCACACCAAGGAGCUGAAAACCUCGCUGAAUAGCUCACAGCUGGAGCUGAACCGCUGGCAGGCCAGGUUCGACGAGCUGAAGGAACAGCACCAGAGCAUGGACAUCUCUCUGACCAAGCUGGACAACCACUGCGAGCUGCUCUCCCGCCUCAAGGGGAACUUGGAGGAAGAAAACCAUCACCUCUUGAGCCAGAUCCAGCUGUUGAGCCAGCAGAACCAAAUGCUUCUAGAACAGAACUUGGAGAACAAGGAGCAGUACCAUGAGGAACAGAAGCAGUACAUAGACAAGUUAAAUGCCCUACGAAGACAUAAGGAAAAACUGGAAGAAAAAAUCAUGGAUCAGUACAAGUUCUACGAUCCUGCUCCAAAGAAGAAAAACCACUGGAUUGGAGCCAAAGCUUUAGUCAAACUCAUCAAACCAAAGAAAGAGGGUUCCAGAGAACGAUUGAAGUCAACUACAGACAGUCCUCCCCGGCAGCUGGAGUCCCCAGACCCAACCUCACCGUCCACUUCUCAGCCGCUCAGAUCCCAGCCGGAGAACCCCGAGGCCACCCCGUUGGGCUCAAGCUGUGCAGAAGAGCAUGACAUCCACAACGGGACCCUGGGAAAAGGUCCUGGGGACCUAAAGCCAAAGCGAGGGUCCCCGCACAGAGACAGCCUUGACCGCAAGGAUGCCUCUGCUGACCCAGCCGUGAAGCCCUGGCCCGUGGAGCCGGGCCCCCGGCCCUGUUCGUCCUCAGCCAUCACUACAACCCCUUCCAGCUCCACCCCCAUCUCGCGGCACGCAGGCCGCGCCAAAGGCUAUAAUUCUGAUGACAGCCUCUGCGAACCGUCCCUGGAGCUCGAGUUCGCUCCCCACAGGCAGUACGCAUCCCGGCCGGGGAGCUUGGAGAGCAGUAGAAAUGCAUCCAGCGACAGCUCACCUCUUAACCUGAAAGGUUCCUCCGACCAGCUCCGCGGCAGGUCCGAGAGCUUCGGCAGCGAAGACCUGAUCCCCAGUACGGACACAGCCACUCUGCCGCGGGAUGCCAGCACCCCGGGGCGCACCGCCCUCAGCCGCCAGGAGGACCCCCCACCCCGGAACGGGCCUCUCCCCCAGGAGGGCGCCCGGAAGAGGGGCGCAGCCCAGCCCCAUGGCGGGCUGCGGCCCUGCUCAGCCUCCCCGAGCAGUGAGAUGGUCACCCUGGAGGAGUUCCUGGAGGAGAGCAACCGCGGCUCCCCUUCCUCCGACGCUCCCAGUUGCCGGGAUGACCUGCUAAGUGACUGUUUCAGAAAGGCCAGCGAUCUCCUGGCCAUCGGAGGCCAGCCAGGCCCACCUACCAGGAAAGAAGGGGCCAAGAUGCCCACCAGCUUCGUGGCCCCCACCAUCAAGAUGCCCGUCACCACCUCCGAGGGGAAGCCGCUGAAGCCCGGGCAGUACGUGAAGCCGAACUUCAGACCCGCUGAGGCCGAGGCCCUGCCCAGUGCCCCCCAGAGGCAGGCCCAGCUGCCCCAGAGCCUGUCCCUGGGCAGACUCCGGCAGGCCGCGCUGCCCCCCGCUUCCCACACGCCCACUGGCCGGAGUGCAUCCCUGAGCCGGGCCUUCAGCCUGGCCUCCGCCGACCUCCUCCGGGCCAGCGGGCCAGAGGCCUGCAAACAGGAGCCAGGGGGUCCCGAGGCGUCGGCGGGCAGAGACACAGGCGGCCACAGCCCGCAGAGCUGCACGCCUCCCAGCUCCCACAGCCUGGCCCGGGAGCGGACCCCGCUUGUGGGAAAGGCUGGCGGCUCCUGUCCGGGCCCUGGCCCCCGAAGCCGGCCACCGGACGCGAGGCGCUUCUCUCUGGCUCCCCCGAAGGAGGAGGGGCCGGCUCCCCUGCAGCAGUCUGCCACGUCCCCAGCCAUCGCCGCUGGAGGCGGCGGCAGCAACCCCCAGUUCCAGCGCUGCUCACCCGCGGCGGCCCCGGCUGCCAGGACUAAGCCCCAAGCCUCCCCGCACUCGGGAGAGGCGGCCGCCGUCGCCCCCCUCCGGGCGGGGUUCAGCCCCUCCGAGGGGGACGGGGUCCUGGGGCAGGGCCACAGCGAGGGCCUCCCUGCCAAGGGCCCGGGCAGGCCUCCCGACCUGGCUCCCCACGGCAGCCGGGCCUCCGAGGACUUCAGUCGUGGGAGCAGCUCGAAGAGCACGCCGGCAUCCCCCGAGCCGGCUGGGGACCAGCAGACCGUGUGGUACGAGUACGGCUGCGUGUGACUUGGCUCCUGGACCGGCAGCUCCUAAACCUUAAAGCUACUGACGCACCUGCUCGUCGUGAUGGCCUUUCCCCGUCUGCCUGCGGUGCCAGGAAAGGGCUUUACGGUGAGGAAAGGGUUCCCGUGCAUUUCUUCUGUUUGUUUUGUCACUAACACACCGUGCCAAGCCCUGAGAGGGU